AUGGAAGAGCGACAAAGACUGUCACAAGCAAGAGGUGCGCCUGCAACUCGUCCACUAGCCAUAGACCGUUUUGAGACACGCAUCCGUCAAGCACGUGCAGUUCCGCUGCAAAACGACAGUAUUGAAAGAAUGGCUCGAGUAUACGGUAGUAGUACGAUGACAAAUGGCAGAUCACCUGUGAGAGUAAAGGCCGAGAAGACUGUCGUGUCCGGAGAUGGUAAACGGUGUGACUGCCUAGGAAAGCAUCUGCUAAUCAAGCAAAAGUCUUGA